AUGACUCUCCUCCGACGAUCAACGGUACUUCUAUAUGCCCUCGUGGCAUCAGCAGACAUCGCAUCAGCUCAAUGCAAAGUAUACCCAGGUGACUCCUCAUGGCCCUCCGACGAAGCUUGGACGGCUCUCAACGAAAGAGUCGAAAAUCGCCUCCUCAAACCACGACCACAGGCAGCAGCAUGCUACAAUGGCCCCGAGUACGAUGAGGACGCCUGCGCCACCAUGACGGCCAACUGGACAAAUUCUUACACCCACCUUGAUGACCCCAUUGAAAUGUUCUCACCCGUCUAUCAAGGUCUCACUUGUUUGCCCCCUCACAUUUACGACUCUGGCAACUGUACUAUGGGUGGAUUUCCGUGGUACGUGAUCAACGCCACUUCUGCAAGGCAUGUGCAAGAAGGCGUUAAAUUCGCGAAGGAGACGGGUGUGAGACUAGUAGUCAAGAACACGGGACACGACUUCUCGGGCAAGUCAGGUGGUGGAGAGUCGCUAAGUAUCUGGACACAUCACCUGAAAAGCAUCGAAUACAUCGAGGAUGUCACAGACGAUACUGAGGGAUACUCUGGUCCUGCUUUCAAAUGUGGCACUGGUGUUCAAGCUUUCGAAAUCUACAAGGUGGCGUCUGAUUACGGUAGAGUCGUCGUAGGUGGCGAAGGACAGACUGUUGGAGUCAUGGGAGGAUACAUCCAGGGCGGCGGUCACUCUCCUCUGAGUUCGAUAUACGGCACUGGGGCAGAUCAAGCCCUGGCCUUCGAAGUUGUGACGGCGGAUGGAGAGCUUGUGACUGCUGACCACAGCCAGAAUCCCGAUCUUUUCUGGGCACUUCGAGGUGGCGGCGGCUCAACGUUUGGUGUAGCAAUCUCGGUCACAGUCAAGGCAUUUCCGGAUAUCCCUACAACUGCCUCGGCGUUCAAAUUCUCUACGGCGGACGGUAUAUCAAACGAGACGUUUUGGAGUGGCGUACGCAGCUACUUUGACUCAUUCAUUCACAACGCGGACAACGGAACUUACUCGUACUUCCUCUUGUUACACAAUAACCCAAGCCCUGGAAAUUUUCUCUUCCAGAUGACCCCCUUCUUCGCGCCCAACAAGACAGCCGAAGAAGUGGCCACCUUGUUGGACCCAUGGUUCAGCAAGCUCCACGAUCUCGGGAUUCAUUUUGACCCUAACAUCACAGAAUAUGACAGCUUUUACCCUGCCUGGAAAGACUUUUUCCCUCUCGAGGUGGUGGAAAAGGUUAACGUUCAAAGCGGGUCCCGUCUCUUUCCCCGCAAGAAUUUCGAAAAUGAGGAGCUGAAGCAGGCCACCUUUGAGGCUAUCCGCACAUCCCUCGAGACGAGUCACGUCUUUGUUGGGUUCAACAUCAAAGCCAUCAGCCCUGAUGACCCAGACAACGCAGUCAACCCAGCUUGGCGCGAGAACAUCCUAUUCGCUCUCCAGUCAGUCAGGUGGUCUGUGAACGCAACGACGGAAGAGAUUUUAAGAGUCCGCAAAGGUUUUACUUUCGGAGAUAUGCAGCGGUGGAGAGAUGUUUCUCCAGGUGCUGGCUCAUACCUUGCUGAGUCGGACAGGAUGGAGCCGAAUUUCCAACAGUCGUUCUACGGCGACAGCAAGUACCCCCGCCUGCUGGAACUGAAACGCAAGUGGGACCCUGAAAAUGUCUUCUAUGCUGCCACUGCAGUCGGUAGUGAGUUUUGGAAUGUUGUCACUGAAGAUGGGCUUCCUCACGAGAAUGGAAGACUGUGUCGUGUUGCUAGAUGA